AUGUCGGACUUAAACCUGAACUUGGCUCCUGAGAUCUUUGAGGAUUUGAUUCUGCUUCCGGUUGCCGCGGCCUCUGACCUCGUCACGAAGGGUUGGUAUACGACCAAUUUCCGCCAAAUCCGGGAGCUGGUGCAGGAUCCUGAGUAUCAGUCCGGCGAGGUUGAUCCAGAUGAGCCAGUCCUGGAGGUGGUGGUGGGUGAUGCGAACAUGAAGGCCAGCGCUUCAGCAACACCCACUUUCGUGAGGAUCUUCAUGGAUCACGAGAACGUGGGAGAGACUUCGCUUCAGAAGCGGCAGCCCUAUAACAUGCCAGUCUGGAACGAGCGAUUCUUGCUGUUGCCGCGGGCUUCGUUUUCCACACGCUUCGAGGUGGUUGACACAUGGGAUCGUGUGUUGGGCCAUUGCACUGUUGGGACUCAGAGCCUGUGGCGUGCAGCGGCGCAUUCGGGACAGGUCUCUGUAGAGCUUCCACUGCAAUUCGGGAAAGGUCUCAGUGGCAAGAUCUGGAUUCACUCGCGACCCUGGGAUGGCCUCCCAUUACCCGAGAGGCCCUGGUGGCCUCGCGCGCAGGAGUUGCAUGAGGAUACCUGGUCACCGCCACGGCUGUCUGAUGAAGAAGAUGCGGCAAACUUGGAGAGCGAUGACAUCGUCGGGAGCUUGCAUCCUGAGGACUCCGGCAAACGCCGAGCAAAGGUUCUCAGCGGCAGCGAUCUUUUUUCCCGCAUUGACAAGGAUCACACUGGUUCCAUUACUCGCGCAGAGUUCGAGGCGGCACUGCGAAGUGGCACAGUGUCUCCGUCAGCCACCACCACCCAGACGCAGGCUGGGCCAAACUCGUCAGUCAUCUGGCCCCAGCCAGUGAAGCCGUCCACGCACAUCAGUGCACCGCAGAUUUCAAUGUCCAUAUCUCCAAAGGAGUUGCCUGCUAGUGGCGUUCUGUCCCAGUUUGCGGCCACACUGCCGCCACAGCCAGUGACGGGGUCCAUGACCAACGUGCCGCUUUCGCAGUAUGCUGCAAGCAUGCCCCCUCAGCCUGGUGAUGGGACCUUGGGGACAGCACCUGCUCCCAUGUCCAAGGCUGCAGCACAGGAUCUGUUCGCAAAGCUUGACAAGGAUGGCAGUGGAAGCAUUUCCCGCGCCGAGUUUGAGCGUGCUCUUCGGCAGGGUGAGCUGAAGCAGUCCUUUGCUUCUGCGAAGGAGCCUGGCCCACAAAGCAUCACUUUACCCAUCGGGAAGAGCCGCCGGCCUGCGGUUGAAGGCCCCAAGGUGGCUUCACCGCAGCGGCCCGCGACCACUGCACUGUCGGCUGCUGUGCCUCUGAGCCCAAGGUCUCAGAAGACCAACUCGCAGCCUUCAACGCCCAAGAAGCACGCGCAGCCGCAGCCUUCCGUGGCCUCCAUUCCUCCGCGCCUGAAGGCAGCGGGCUUCAAUUUGUGA